AUGGAAUCUCACUACCCACUUCUUACCUCCAAGAUGACUUCCAUUAACAAGCUCUUCCUCUUCUUCUCCUUCUUCUUCUGUGGUGUCCUCUUCACCACCUUCACCCAUGCAACUACCUUUUACAUCCUAAACCAGUGCCCCUACACAGUAUGGGCUGCUGCAUCACCAGGUGGUGGUCAGCAACUUAACCCGGGCCAAUCAUGGACCAUCAACGUAGCUGCUGGCACAUCUAUGGCCCGCAUUUGGGGCCGAACAAACUGCAACUUCGACGCAAACGGGAAUGGAAGAUGCGAUACGGGCGACUGCGGGAGGCUAGUGUGUCAAGGUUGGGGUGUACCGCCCAACACCUUAGCCGAAUAUGCUUUAAACCAAUACGGUAAUUUGGAUUUCUUCGACAUCUCCCUCGUCGACGGAUUUAACAUUCCGAUGGUAUUUACCCCGACUAACCCAAUCAGCAGCUCAUGCCGUGCGAUAAGUUGCACAGCUGACAUAAAUGGUCAAUGUCCUGGACCUCUACAGACCGCCGGAGGCUGCAACAACCCAUGCACUGUGUACAAGACCCCUGAGUAUUGCUGCACUGCUGGGAGCUGUGGACCCACAGACUACUCCAGGUUCUUCAAGGAUAGAUGCCCUGAUGCUUACAGUUAUCCUCAGGAUGACGCAACAAGUACCUUCACCUGCCCGGGUGGUACAGAAAACUAUAAUGUUAUAUUCUGCCCAGGAAACUCUCUCUCUUCUAAUUCUAACUCAUCUCAUCCCCUCUUCACCCUCCAGUGA